UUCCAAUUACUUUGAUGACAGUGACUUGGAGUCUGCUUUGAGAGACACACAGGGAGUUAAAGAUGCUGGCAGCCCGGACUGGGGCGGCGGGAAGUCAGAUCUCUGACGAGAACACCAAGUUAAGGAAGCAGUCUGGCCUUUCUGUAGGGGGCAAAGAAAAAUCUCCCAAGAAAACCCCCGAAAAUGCCAAAGAGGGCAGCCUCAGCCCCUCGGGGCAAACCCAGCUCCGGGCUCGGCAGCUGGCUCUGCUGCGGGAGGUGGAGAUGAACUGGUACCUGAAACUCUGUGACCUGUCCAAUGAGCACACCACAGCCUGCACCACGGGGAUGCCGCACAGGAAUCUUGGAAAAUCAGGACUCAGAGUGUCUUGCUUGGGUCUUGGAACGUGGGUAACGUUCGGAGGCCAGAUUUCAGAUGAGGUUGCUGAGCGGCUGAUGACCAUCGCCUAUGAAAGUGGAGUCAAUCUCUUUGACACCGCCGAGGUCUAUGCAGCUGGAAAGGCUGAAGCGAUUCUGGGAAGCAUCAUCAAGAAGAAAGGCUGGAGGAGGUCCAGCCUGGUCAUCACAACAAAACUCUACUGGGGUGGAAAAGCUGAAACGGAAAGAGGGUUGUCAAGAAAACAUAUUAUUGAAGGAUUGAAGGGCUCCCUUCAGAGGCUGCAGCUUGAAUAUGUGGAUGUUGUCUUUGCAAAUCGACCAGACAGUAACACCCCCAUGGAAGAAAUCGUCCGAGCCAUGACGCACGUGAUUGACCAGGGGAUGGCGAUGUACUGGGGCACCUCGCGGUGGAGCGCCAUGGAGAUCAUGGAAGCCUACUCUGUAGCAAGACAGUUCAAUAUGAUCCCCCCGGUCUGUGAACAAGCUGAGUACCAUCUAUUCCAGAGAGAGAAAGUGGAGGUCCAGCUGCCGGAGCUCUACCAUAAAAUAGGUGUUGGAGCAAUGACCUGGUCUCCACUUGCCUGUGGAAUCAUUUCAGGGAAAUAUGGAAAUGGGGUGCCUGAAAGUUCCAGGGCUUCUCUGAAGUGCUACCAGUGGUUGAAGGAAAGAAUUGUAAGCGAAGAAGGGAGGAAACAGCAGAACAAGCUCAAAGAUCUUUCCCCAAUUGCUGAGCGUCUGGGAUGUACGCUACCUCAGCUGGCUGUGGCGUGGUGUCUGAGAAACGAGGGGGUGAGUUCUGUGCUCCUGGGAUCCUCCACUCCUGAGCAACUCAUUGAAAACCUCGGCGCCAUUCAGGUUCUUCCAAAAAUGACAUCACACGUGGUAAAUGAGAUCGAUAACAUUUUGCGCAACAAGCCCUACAGCAAAAAGGACUACAGAUCUUAAGGCAGUGCAUGCGCCCAGGAGCCACGUGUUAAGGCGGGGACAGCCCGCUGCUCCUGGCCGGUCUUUUGAAUCACAUAGCAGCCUGUGGCUCAACCUCUAGUGUCCCCAGAUUCUCUGGGGUGUCCCUGUCGCUACCACUGUGCACCAGAAAACUCACAACCACGAAGAUCCUUCUAUUUUCUUAUCUUGGACUGGGGUCCCCU